AUAGUAUGGAUUCCAUACAAUGGAUUAUCUUUGGUCAAUUGUGAAUGUGAAGUGGCGCGGUGUCAUGUAAAGACUUCAUGUGAUGGACAAGUUCCAGAGGAUUAUGUUUCCAAGGAGAUUUUUGAUGCUGUGAGUGUUUAUAUUAUUCCCAAAACUCAACUUCAGAGAAGUAUUCUUACCGUAAAUGUCUUGGAUUACAAAAUUACUGGUUAUCCCGUGCGUAUAGAUAACACAAAAUAUGCCAGAAAUGCCUAUUACUUUAAUUUAUGUUUUGUGUGUGACGCAUGGGCAAGGACAGUGCAGUAUGAACCUGUUGUAAAGAAGCUUUCAGAAUAUUUGAUGAUGAUGGAACAAGAAUCUGGAUUUUUAUCCGAUGAAAAUACAUCCAAUGAGAAGUUAAGGUUACCUUUAAUCCUACAACAGAUUCUACGUGAUUUGAAUUCCUGUGGAAUGUCUACGGUGAUAGAAGGUACUACAACAAUGCAUUUGAAGGUGGUUAAAAUUUCACCUGAUCCUCCUCCAAUAUUUGACCACCUAGUUCCAAUUUUCACUGUGGACAGAAACAGUUUCCGGGAGCAACAGUGGGAUUUGACAACUCAGCAGGUCCUUCCAUACAUUGAUGGUUUCAAUCAUGUGGCCAAGAUCGCUGCUGAAGCAGAUGUGGAAAAUAACCUUGUGAAAGCCUGUGUUCAAAAUCUUGUAUAUUAUGGUGUCGUGAGCUUGAUACCAAUAUUUCAAUAUAGUAACGUGUAUGCAACAACACCAAAAUUGAGAUUUCUUGCUUCAAAUAGAAGGUUUCAAGAGGACUGUCUAGAAUAUGUAUCUAAUUCUGAGACUGAUCUACCAUCAUUGAGAGAUGUGUUCAUACUAUAUUCCAAUAUGACACAUGGAACAACAUUACGAGAUUUAUGUUUACGCUUCAAUCCACAUGCUCUUCAUGUGGAUGAAUGCAAAUUAGUUCAAUUUGGUUUGUUGCACAAAAUUAUUCGACGAAUUCAAAAGUAUCCUGUAUUUAUUGAAGUACCUGGACAUCCAAGUCCUGUUAGUGCUUUGCAGCGCAAUUUCAAUGGAAUUUUGUCCUAUGACGAAAUAUGCUGUAAAUAUGGAAUGAGUGCCCAAGAAUUGGAUGAAGAAGUUGAAUGUGAUCCCAGUGUAACUCUUAUUUGGAAAUAAUAUGUGAACUGUAUUCGUCAACAGUUCUAGAAUAUCAAGUGUAUGGCCUUCCUUCUAUUUCUGUAUUUCAAAUUCGUAUUUGGAUCACUAAAUGUAAAUAUUCACCAUUAAAAUCGUGCAAUAUGUUGCCUUGGAAAAGUCUUUAUUUGCAAAAGGAUACAUUUUGUAAGUUUGUGUAAUAUCUGAUAUUCAUUUAGCAAAACUGUGCUUGUAAUUUUGUAAAAGAGGACUUCUGUGAUAUCAAUGUAUAAUACAUGCAACUUCUCACAUUUUAUGACAGAUUUGUACUCAAGUGCUUAUUGGAUUCAUGUAACUCCUAUUUAUCUAGAUUAUGCCUCUUAGGGAGAUCACGUGUUCCUGUUCUUGAUUUCUUUGAGACGAUUGAAUGUUAAUACAGUACGCUUAGGAAGUCUAAAUUCUGGCCACAUUUAACUAAUAAUUGAGGCUAUUAACAACAAACACUCGUUUGUAUUCCCUAAUUUGACGCCAAGCCUCUGAUUCAAAUAGCAUCUUUCGUUAAAUAUCUUGCAUUAAAAUGUUAAAUCAUGUGUAUGUAUGAAGCCGUUUGAAGGCAAUAAAGGUUUCGUCAUUUAUGCCCCAGAGCGCAGCACAAUGCAGGAGCUGGGCUCUGUAUCAAGGCGUUUUCUGUGAACUCUCUAGUUUGAGAAUUCCUGAAAUCCAGAGCGUCGUUUGCCGAAGUCAUUGUUGCGCAGGGGAAAACCAAAGCGAGUGGUUUACGUGUGAUGGUGGUAGAGACUUAAAAAAAUAAGCUCUAAAAACUAGAUCUUUAAGUAAGGUCAUAUACAUGUUUUUAAAAAAAACUAGUUUUCAUGUUCUUUUUUAUCGAACUUACUGCAACUUUUAAAAAUAAAUUCUAAAAAACGGCCUCCAUUUUUUUCU